AUGCGUUUAACUGUACAUGAUGUAACAAAUAAUACAAAUGAAGAUAUGAAUAAUUCAUCAGAAUUACAAUUACCUAAUUUGGAUACAUUAUCUCGACCAUGUGUUCAUCAUUGGGUGGAUAUAUUCAACUCGAAUCCUUUAGGUUUACGAUUAAAUUUUGUGGAUGAUUCUUGUCGACUUGCUGGCACUCUACGCAUUUAUAUUAAUCUUAUUAAACCGGUGAAAAUGUCUUUAAGACGUACAUUGGAUAUGUUUCCAUCAAGUGCAACAGCGUCACCUGAACCAAAUAGUCCAACUAAAUUGAAUUUAAAUGAGAAUGGGGAUGAGAAUAAUGCUGUACCAACACCACCACGUUUAGUUUCAUUUUUUCUACCAAGAGGUACUUCAAAAGUAGUUUAUGUGACAAGUUCUACGACUUCAGCUAAUGCUAUUCAAUCGUUGUUAGAUCGAUUUCAUAUACAAGAAUCUGCUCGUAAAUUUGCCUUGUAUGAACAUACUUUAGAAGAUAGUUCAAUUAGCGCUCGAAAACUUACUACAACUGAAUGUCCUCUUCUAUUAUUAUUAAAUUGGGUACGUAUAAGUACAAAUCGUGAACAAUUCUUAGAAUUGUUGAAACAAAAACGUAUUGUACUACAAGAAAAUGAUGCUUGUGAUAUAGAGUGGAAAGACUUUACGACAGCAGAAUUAACAAAUUUCCUACGUAUACUUGAUAAAGAGGAAUGUGAAUAUCGUAAUGCUAUUCUAUAUCAAUAUAAUUUGUUGCGUAAUCAACUAGAACAACGUAUGAAACAAUUAGUAAUUACGAAUCACGUUCAUCAUCAUCACCACUCUCAUUUUCAUGAGUCAAACGAAGUUACUGGGGUUUUUUCACCAGUAGACAGUAAUACUACUACUCCUACUACUAAUACCACUGCUAAUGGACCUAUCUAUUCAAGAUAUUAUUCACAUUCGCAUCCAUAUGCACUGGAACAAACUACUGAAGAUAAUCAGUUACCUAGUGGACAUUGUAAUUGUCAUUGUUCUCAUUAA